AUGAAAUUGGCGUCACCAUCAAGGUCACUGCUGCUUUGUCUGAUAAUAAUUUUCUUCACUUCUUGUUUCACUUCAGAAGUCCAAUCACAACCUGUUCUGAAUACACUCAGAGAUUAUGACUUGGCAAGAUCACAAGCAUUAGAGGCGACGCGCAUUCAGUCCAUCACUGUAUCCGAUGGAGUACCAUAUGCAGAUAUUGCCAUGCUGAUUCCCUUCUCGAUCAUCGGAGACAAUGGAAGACAAGCGGUGAAAGAAGGUGGUUAUCAGGGAAUGGCAGCUGUCUUGCUCGCAUUGGAACACUUGAAUACAGGAAAUGGAACCUUGGUGAAAGAAGUCGGAGGACUUGACGAGCGAUGUAACAUUAAGUUUACAACUGAAGUCAGGGAUACAACACGAUCUGAAAUGGAAUCGCUGAAUCAUGCAGUCGAGAUGACCAGUCGAGAUGAGGCGACAGAGCUCCCGACGGCAUUCGUCGGUGCCUUUCGGUCGGCCGUCAGUAUCGCGACAUCCUUGGUAACAGGGCUGCGAGGGAUUCCACAGAUAUCUCCGAUUUCGACUAGUUCUCAGCUGGACAAUGUUGCUCAAUUUCCCUUGUUUGGGCGAACGGUUCCAUCAGAUGAUGGUACUGCUGUGCCGGCCAUUAAGUAUUUGCGUCAAAAGUUGAAAGUGCGAUAUUUGGCCAUUCUUCAUAUCAAUGAUAGUUAUGGGAACGCCUAUGCUGCCGGGAUGCAGCGAGCGGCGGCUCUGUAUGCUCCGGAUAUGACGAUUCAAGCCUUUGACCUUCCAUUGACACUCACAGCAGAAACUGUGGAAAGCGCCAUUGCCGUUUUGAAGAGUACAGGUUACCAAUAUUUCUUUGGAAUUUUCUUUACGCGCCAAUACGAAAUGGUCAUGACAGAGGCUUAUGCUCAGGGGAUUGCUGGGGAUGGAAAACAUAAUUGGAUGUUUAGCGAUGCCGUGUCCACCAUCGUCACGCUCGAGGGGUUUGUCGCCGACUCGCCACUUCACUUGGCGACGCAAGGGGCGGUUCAGAUUUCAGCCGUUGGUGGAGUGCCUGGUCGAGAUGAAAGAUAUGAUCUAUUUUUACGUGCCAUGAGAGAUCUAAAUAAUCCGGUCGACAUUGCGACACUGCAAUCUUACCAUCCAAUCUACCCUGACGAACCAGAAUACUCCACCUACACCAUCGAGGAGGAUCCUAAUGGAUUUUUUGAUCUUAUGACCAUUGGAUUGGUCCCUUUUCUAUAUGAUGCGGCGAUUGCGCUUGGGUUGGCGGCAUGCAAUAUAGAAAACGACGAAAAUGAGUACUUUGAUGGAUAUCAGCAUUUUGAGAAAUUCAAGGAGACCGAAUUCCAAGGCGCCAGUGGUAACAAUCGCUUCGACCCAGAAACUGGGACGCGAUUAGCAGAUUCGGCUCGGUUCUCCCUUACGAACUUUGUACACGUGGGCACCAUUGCGGACACUGCUUCGUUCAACAAUGUGGAAACUGACAUUUUUCAAGAUGGGGAAUGGAUAUCUGUCAAGAGCCGUAUAUUCAAUGAUGGAACCACGAUUCCGCCGCCGGGUCUUCCUCCUGUGGUUCCAGCCAAUCUUUACAUAGGAAGAAGCUUGCGAAGUGUUGGUCUUGUUCUUGCAGGUGCUAUCUUGACGCUUUCGAUUGGAUUCACAAUAUGGAUGGUGAGAUAUCGAAAGACUCGAGUGGUGAAAGCAAGUCAGCCAAUUUUUCUUGGAAUAAUUGCGUUGGGAUGCUUUCUGAUGGGCACAUCGAUCGUCUUUUUGAGUCUAGACGACGAGGUGGUAUCCGCCGAAACUUGUUCUGCCUUUUGUAUAUUGACUCCUUGGUUCUUCAGUUUUGGUUGGGUCCUUUCUUUUUCGGCUCUCUUUGCCAAGACACAGAGAGUGAAUAAAAUCUUCCACAGUCCAAAGUUUCAUCGAAUGAAGGUGACUGUCAAAGAUGUCAUGGCGCCCAUGAUUGUACUUCAGACUCUGUCGAAUUUGAUAUUAAUUCUUUGGUACAUUUAUGCGAAACCAAUGUGGAUUCGAGAGACCACCAAAGAAGAUUCAUUUGGACGAGAAAUCGAGACCAGGGCAUUUUGCAGCUACGCAGGAUCGAUAGGCUUUGCAGUUUCGCUGGGCACCUUGCUUCUGGGAGUUUUAGGUUACACACUUCAACAAGCCUAUGCCGCGCGCAACGUGUCUACGGAAUUCGCUGAAACAGAGUACAUAUUCUUGGCUCUUGCAGCAUUGCUGCUGGUCAGUUUUGUUGGCUUUCCGGUUUUGGUCAUUGCCAAAGACGAUACUCAGGCCCGAUUCUAUGUUUCAGCUGCCAUCAUUGCAGUAACCUCCCUAUCCAUUCUCUUGCUAAUAUUUGUUCCAAAGAUUGCUGCUAAGAAACGAAGAAGGAGGGCAUCCAGCGCCGGAGUACUUGAAUUUACAAGCCGAACUGGGAGUCGAAAGUUCAAGAUUUCGGGGUUGCACCCGAGAAGGAAUUCCCAUAUCGGUGGUGGAUUUCAAGAACCACCGAAGAUCGAACAAGAAAUCCUAGAGAGCGGAGAUAAUGAUUCUUCCAGUGAUAGUGAUGAUGAUAAAGAAGGUGUUGCUGUAGUGCAGCAUCCGAGAGCAGCGGAAAAGCUGAAGGAAACCGUGGAGGAACUUCAAAGCUGGAACACCAAGUUAAUUGCUCAAGUAGCAAGACUCGAAGCACUGCACCGAAAGACGCAUGCAAGAUUGAACAUGGCCACCAGACCACAUGACUCGGCCAACCUUGGUGAAUCGUCGUCCACCAUUCGUCAUCCAUUUGAUGAUAGCGCACGAAGCAGGGGACCUUCGUUUGAUCAGAGCAUCAAACCAGUUCCCAACGAAGACGUCGAGAACAAAACGCCGAGCUUACAAGAAGCAGUCAAAGAUGUGUAA